AUGGCGCGGGUGCUGGUGGUGGGCGCGGGGCCGAUGGGCGGGCUGCCGUCCGCUCUGCUCGGGAGGCGGCCCCCCGGCCCGAGCCCCAGACGAGUGGUCGUGUGGGACCAGGCCCGGGGCCCAGGAGGAAGAAUGGCUACGUCCCGAAGCCCGUACAACUCCCGCUGCACGGCAGACCUGGGGGCUCAGUACCUCACUUUCACCCCUCAGUACUCUGAGAGACAUCCAAGUUUCUAUGAUGAGCUGUUAGCUAAUAGGGUUUUGAAGCCCCUGACAUCCUCUGUAGAAGGAAUGGUGGUGAAAGAAGGAGAAUGCAACUUUUUGGCACCUCAAGGAGUCUCCUCAAUUGUCAAGUAUUUUUUAAGAGAAUCAGGGGUGGAUAUCUUCUAUGAACACCGGGUAACCAAGGUCUUCCUCAGAAGUGGCAAAUGGGAGGUUCACAGAGAAACGGGACCUGCGGAGGAGUUGGACAUCGUCAUCCUCACGAUACCAGUUCUGCAAAUCCUUCAGCUUCAAGGUGACAUUGUGAACACUGAGGAGACCGAGUCGCAGAGAAGAGAGUUUGCAAAACUCUAUGGAUACACGUACCAGAACGACUUUGUAGGAGGAGAUGGGAUGUUCAGAAGAGGGUGCAUCCAUGGAGUCGCUAUGGGUCGGAAACGACUAGACGGCACCUGA